UCUGUUUUUCUUUUAUCUAGGUUACGGUCUUUGGUAAAACAGUUAGAGAGAGGGGAAGCUUCAGUUGUAGACCUAAAGAAGAACUUGGAAUAUGCUGCGACUGUUCUUGAGUCAGUAUACAUUGAUGAAACUAGGCGUUUACUGGACACAGAAGAUGAACUCAGUGACAUCCAGUCCGACUCCGUGCCCUCGGAGGUCCGGGACUGGUUGGCUUCUACCUUCACACGGCAAAUGGGGAUGAUGCUCAAAAGGACGGAGGAAAAACCCCGGUUCAGGAGUAUUGUCCAUGCAGUACAAGCUGGGAUAUUUGUGGAAAGAAUGUACAGACGGACUUCAAAUAUGGUUGGUUUGAGCUACCCGCCAGCUGUAAUUGGAGUGCUAAAGAAUGUAGACAAGUGGUCCUUUGAUGUAUUUGCACUAAAUGAUGCAAGUGGGGAUCAUGCACUGAAAUUCAUUUUCUAUGAACUUCUCACACGCUAUGAUCUGAUCAACCGCUUCAAGAUCCCCAUUUCUGCCCUGGUGUCCUUUGUGGAAGCUCUGGAGGUUGGCUACAGCAAACAUAAAAAUCCUUACCACAACCUGAUGCAUGCUGCAGAUGUGACGCAGACAGUCCAUUACCUCCUUUUCAAGACAGGCGUAGCACACUGGCUGACAGAACUGGAGAUCUUUGCUAUGAUCUUUGCAGCUGCCAUCCAUGACUAUGAACACACAGGAACCACCAACAACUUUCACAUCCAGACGCGGUCAGACUCAGCCAUUCUAUAUAAUGACCGGUCCGUGCUUGAGAAUCACCACGUUAGUGCAGCGUAUCGGCUUUUGCAAGAUGAUGAAGAGAUGAAUAUUUUAUCUAACCUCUCAAAGGAUGACUGGAGGGAAUUCAGAGCUCUAGUGAUCGAGAUGGUGUUGGCCACCGAUAUGUCCUGUCACUUCCAGCAAAUCAAAGCCAUGAAGAAUGCUUUGCAGCAGCCAGAAGGAAUUGACAAGCCGAAAGCCUUAUCACUGUUGUUGCAUACAGCAGAUAUCAGUCAUCCAGCCAAGGCCUGGGAUCUCCAUCAUCGCUGGACCAUGUCUCUGCUAGAGGAGUUCUUCAGACAGGGUGACAAAGAGGCAGAACUAGGGCUUCCCUUCUCUCCGCUGUGUGAUCGCAAGUCUACUAUGGUUGCUCAGUCUCAAAUAGGUUUCAUUGAUUUCAUCGUGGAACCCACUUUUACUGUGCUGACCGACAUGACUGAGAAGAUUGUGACUCCACUCAUCGAUGAAGCUUCCCGCUCUGGCAUGUCUGGGUUCAGGCGUUCCAGUCUGAAUAGCAUUAAUCCCUCUGAAGUUAAAAGAUCAAGUGUCAAGAGCACUGGGUCCGAAGGAAGUGCCUCACUCAACUGCUCCAUACUCACUGUGGAUUUCAAAUGUUUUAAAGCCACCUGGACUGAGGUGGUGCAGCAGAACCGCGAGAAAUGGAAAGCACAAGCCACCAAAGAAGAAAAAGCUAAGAAAGAAGCAGAGGAAAAUGCUCAUCAGGGAACAGAUGAAAAGAAAACAGAUGAAAAGGAUGAGAAGAAGUCAGCUGAAGACACCACUGCAGCAAAGACAGAGAACAGCAAAGAACCAAAUCCAGGGGAAAACAAAAGCGCAGAUUCCAAUAAGAAUCAUGUAAAUGGGACUCGGCAAACUGGGGUGAACAAACACGAAGCCUCUCAAGGGAAAAAUGCACCUAGGACAGAUAAGGGAAUGGACUCUCAUCAUGCAGCGGGAGAAGAGAAACAGCAUGUCCAUAAUGGUGAAUUAAAGGAAGACAAUAAUUUGGACAAAAAAGAUCAGUCCAGUAUGGGGGAUGAAUCAAAGAAAACAGAUGGUUUUAUGCAGUUUGCUCCAGGUUCAGUUAGUGCCGGUCUGGGCUCCUCGGCAAACCACCUUACAUUGCCAGCCAUCAAACCUCAGCUGCGGCUCCUCAGAAGGCCCACUCACAGCUCAGGAGACUAUUUCCCAGCCUCCCACAAGAAACUGGAGGAACAUCCGGUGACAUGUAAGCUGCUUGACCAGAGGGGAAGGAUGAAGAAGAUCCAACAUAUUUCCCAGAGCUGGAAUAGAAAAUAG